AUGGCAUCAACGGGCAGUACACCGUUUCCUAAAUGGCAACUGGCCAUUCUUCUCGGUGCCCCUCUGGCUAUCGGCUUAGGUUAUCUUUAUUUGAGAAACAGGUUUGAAGAUCCAGAGAAAAAGAAGGAAGCUGAACUAAAAGCCAAGACAACUAUUUCGUUAGACAAUGAAGAAAACGCGAAAGUUUCUGAAAGUGCUAUUGACCGUGCAAUGAUAUUAAAGGGUGCCGGAAAUCGCGCUUUUCAUGGAGCAGAGUACGAUAAAGCAAUCACCUUAUAUAAUGAAGCAAUCGAGGCUUGUCCUCCUGACCGUACCGAAGACUUGGCUACAUUUUACCAGAACCGUUCUGCUUGCUAUGAAAAGAGAGAAAUGUGGGAUCAAGUGAAGGAAGAUUGUACAUUUGCAUUGAAACUUAAUGAAAAGUAUGUAAAAGCCUAUCUGCGCAGAUCCCGUGCAGCUGAAAAAAGUGGUGACCUGGUUCUUGCAUUAGAGGAUGUAACUUCAGCUUGCAUAUUAGAACGCUUUCAAGUUCAGAGCUCAUUAGUGAACGCUGAUCGUAUCUUAAAAGCUCUAGGAAGACAACACGCCAGAGAAGCUCUUUCCAAACGACAACCUGUUAUGCCCUCUAAGCAUUUCAUCAAAACUUACUUCUCAGCCUUUUUAGAGGACCCUAUUACAAAAAUUCACAUUGAUGAUAAAGAAACUAGUGGGUUUGCAAAAGCCAAGCGGGCACUUGACUCUCAAGACUAUGAAGCCAUUGUUGAUGCCUGCUCUGAAGAGCUAGUUUCAGAAGGUCACUACAAAUAUGAAGCUCUAUUGUUGAGAGCUACAUUUUAUCUACUCCUUGGUAGGCAUGAGGAAGCCCAAGUUGAUUUGGGUAAGGUAAUUGAAAGUGAUGCUUCUACAAAAGUGAAAGUGAAUGCGCUUAUCAAACGUGCCUCUCUUUACACACAAUUGGAAAAUACUGAGAAGUGCCUUGAAGAUUUUGCCAAUGCAGCGCAGUUGGAUGCAGGCAAUUCUGACAUAUAUCAUCACAGAGGACAAGUAUAUUUAUUAUUAGAGCGAAUGGAUGAAGCUACUUCAGAAUUUGCAAAGGCAGUAGAACUUAAUUCUGAUUUCUCUAUUGCUUAUAUUCAAAAAUGCUAUGCUGAUUAUAGACAUGCUCAAUUUCAUAAGAACAUUGGGGCUUUAACACAAGUACGAGCUGAUUUUGAACAUGCAUUGGAAAGAUUUCCUAGGUGUGCUGAGGCAUACAUCUUGUAUGCUCAAGUAUUAUCUGAUCAGCAGGAAUGGGGAAGGGCUGAAGCUUUGUUUGAUUCUGCAUUAGCUGUAGAUCCGAACAAUGCUACCCUUUAUGUCCACAAGGGUCUAGUUCAGCUGCAGAAGAAUACAGAUUUUGACAAAGCUGUCAAAUUAAUUAACAAAGCUAUAGAGAUGGAUGAUAAAUGUGACUUUGCAUAUGAAACUUUGGGAACUAUAGAAGUACAAAGAGGAAACUUACGCAGGUCGUUGGAACUGUUUGAAAAAGCAAUUGCUUUGGCUAAAACAGAAUUGGAAAUGACACAUCUAUUCAGUCUCAAAGAUGCUGCUGCUGCACAAUUAAAGGUAUCACAACGUUGGGGUCUCGAUUGGACUGUGAGCUAG